AUGGCGGCUAUUAGUGAACCUGUGUUAAAAUGGUCUGAUGAAAAAUACCGAAUCAAAGACCUGAUUGGGAAGUUCACUCUACCGUUGAUGGUGAAAGUUGAAGAAGGAAUAUAUGGUCUCCGUGAGUCAGAAUCAUUUUCACAGGACGAUCUCUUAAAACUGGAGUUAAUCAAAACUAUUCCUAAACUGAUCACUUGUUGUGUAGAUUAUACGGGACGUAUUAGGGGCAUAGGUACACUUCGAGAGGACGAACAUGGGUACAUAGAAAGAUCAGAUGACCUUACGAUCCCUGUCCGUUACAGAGGUAUGGUCAAGAUAUUCCAACCAGAAGGCACAAGGAAUUACAACAGUGUUGGUGAUAUGAUUAAGGGCUUUCCUAGGUAUGUUAAGACAGUGGAUUCAUUCGUAUCAAGGAAUGGCAUCAAUAUAGAAAAGGAAACCAUUAUUCAACUGCAGCGUUUCAUUCCUGGUAAAGGACUAGUGUGUACCAUAGGCAAAGACCAUGCUUCUGCAAAUAAGGACAGUGCUCACGUGACGCAAAUUUUACUGAACUCUAAAGAUAGACAUAGAUUCGUUCUGAUACCAGACGACAAUAGUUAUACAUUGGAGGAAGUCGUAAACAGGUUCCCAUUGCCUCAAUAUGUGACGUUUGUCAAGAAAGGAGGCCCUAAACUAGUAACAACUAACAUUGAAGAGUUGGUAAAUCACUCAAGAAUAUUCGAGGGAGCAGUGAAAAUAAAGAGUAUGGUUGAUGUGGAUGUCAUCAUUGGUCACUACAAACCCCCAAAAGGGGUUUCAUCUACUACACAAAAACGCUGUCAACGAACGCUCGUCAUUAUUCCAGAGAACAGUGUUACGGCCAGAGAAAUCGAGGUUAGAGUACCGCUGAAUGAUGACGACGAUUACGACUACGAACUUGUAAUGGCCAGAAACUUCUCUUGCAAAGACGUGCAAGAAGAGGAUAUUGAUGGAACAGUAUACAUGGACUUUCUGAAAACACCGAACGCAACCUUCAUAGAGUAUGAUGAGAUCGAGAUCCCACCGCCUUCACCACCUCCACUGCCUAAACGGCAUCGGCAGCCCAGUACAGAAGCCCAGGACCGACGUCAACCAGAACAGAUGCCUAUAAAAACGAAGGGUGAUUAUUAUAAUCAAGAUAUGUUUGCAACGAAUAGCGACGAGGAAUCCGAUGAUGAUUAUGAGAAAAUAAUCGACGAGGUACCUUUAGGAAUGACAGAUGACGACAAAAAACUUGCUUAUUUCGAUGUUCAGGGUGCUCUCAGUGAAAAGAUCCCGGAGGAUUACAGGUUCUCCUUGAAGAGGGUCCUAAAGGAACUACGGAAGUUGAGGAGGACAGGAAAAGAAAAGGAGCCUUCAGAACCACCCAGCACUCCACAGACAGUAGAUCAAAGUCAGAGUAAAUCAGACAGUCGUAAAUGGUUCGAAAAGCUUGGUUCAAACGAUCUAUAUAGACACUUUACGAAUAUAAAACUGGACAAAUUGGCUAUCUGGUGCCGUGACGAAGGACUCAAUGGGUCAUUCUUUAACAACUUAACAGAUGAAAAUUUACAGAAAAACUUCAAGUUAUCGCCCAUUCAAAUAUUAAAGUUCCGUCGUUUUCAAAAUGAUGGUUGGAUGCCAAAUUAACUUGUUUAUCAGUUUCACAAGGGUAGUAGAUAAAAAUAGACAUGUUCGUUCGGUCAAGACUAACAUUUUCAGUGGUUCAAUUACAAACCAUGAACAUACUUUAAAAAUGAUGGAUAAAAAACAACAUUUUAAGUAAAGAAAUUAGAUCAAUACUUUCCUUUUUUGCCUGUAUACUUACGUCAGAUUAUGCAUUUCACACCAGGAAAUGUGCUACACUUUAUUUAUUAUACAGUUGACUUAAAAUAUAGUUGAUGACAUGGAAUACAUUUUACCUCAUAUCUUUCAUUGGAUUGUAGGUUUUAACUACAGUGUAAUUGUAAUUUGUCUUUAACGAAACAUAAGCCUGAAACAAAACAAAGACCAUGAGGUCCGGAAAGGGUAAAAAAACAUCUGUCUUGUAUAUUAUGUGUUCUGCCAACAAUAUCAUUAUUUUGCAUAUUAUUAAGUUAGAAUAACAUUUACGUCAAUUAUCCAUCACUAACGUUUAUAAUUGGACAGUUGUACAAGAACAACUAAAUCUUAACGGUCCAUCCAUAUUGCAUGACGCGGCUAGGGUAACAUUUGGUUUAGCCAUGUACUAGUUAUUCGCCAGAAAACUGGUAUGGGUUAAAUAUGUUUUAAUUCUGUUCGAUGGCAUCGAAGCAACAGUUCAGACAAUGAUAUGAAGCACUAGACUUGCGGAUCCUAUUAAAACUGGGAAUGGUAGGAUUUAAUUAAUAUUUGUAAUAAUUAAUAUUAUUCCUUUUUCACCUUAUAACUGAUAAAUAAAAAUAGAUAGAUUUUCAUUUCUAAAAAACAGGAUAGAAAAUUUGCCAUACACGAUAGUAAACUCACUCUUUAUGUCUACUGCAUUGUUCACGGGUAUUUUACAUCGAUUGUUCGGAUUACAACACAUAGAAUAUUGUAUCAAAUGGCACGUAAAUGUUUUCAAAGUAUUUUCUUUUAGGAAAUGUUAAUUGUACGAUGACAGGGCAAACGCUUUUGUAUGUAAGAACAUGCAAUCAGUUUGUAUAUCUCUCAUUAACUAGUUAAUACAAUGUAAGUGUGUACUUUGCCUGCCGUUAUUGUAAUGAAACACUCGCAUGUUCUUCACAUCAUUUAGAAAUAUUGUUCUUAAUAUUUGAUAACACACUGUAUCUUAUAUUCGAUUUGACACUCUGUGAAAAAAAAAAUUGAUAUGUACCAAAGUAUGUUUGAUUUAAUUAAUUCACAGGACGUUGUGCAUUGUGUACAUUUGAUCAUACGUUAGGAACAUUCUGUACAACGUUGUGUACAUUAUGUAUAUUAGACACUCUUUCAUUUUCUUGGAUCAAACCAAAUGUUCCGUUAGAUUUCGAUUUUAUAUGACAUCAAUUGUUUUGUGUCUGAUUAUUCCCGCUAUUCAGAUCAUUUAUUUACUUUCAAGGGCUUUGGCCACGAUUUGAAUGCGACACGAGGUCACAUGACGUGUGACUUCAAGAUGUAACUUAUUUCGGCGAUAGUGAUACCCAUUUACCUAAUAAAACAUGGUUUUAAAUUAGGAAAGGGCAAAUGUCAUAAAGAUGCCACGAUGAAAUGUUACAUAACGUACAUUUUCCUGUCGCAGCGUUCCACACGCAGAUAAUCACCUAUUAACAACACUUCAGAAUAUAUAUAGAUAUUUUAUAAUUUAUUCUCAGUAACGAUUAAAGUGACUCAUUUCAAGGUCAAAUCAAACAGAUUUUUAUUUGUCAUAAUAUAUGAUGCGGUGUGAAAAGGCUCCAAACGAACUCCUCAUGAUAAACAACAGUGAAACUUAAUGUGUUAUAUGGUAGUUUGAUUCUUUUAAGAACUUGUUGUAAUCAACUAAGCAUCUAUGGAUCUUUAUAUCAUAUUAAAACAUAUUGAAACAAUGUAAUACACAUUCCCUCUCAUUAUCGAGCACCGCCAUAUGACGUUAUUCUAUACAUUGUAUGCUUAAAACGGUAUAGUUUAUUGGUUUAAUUGAUUUAAAUGAUAGUUUAAUUGAUUUAAAAUAGAAGCUAGAAUCUCGUAAACUGUUCUAUAUCAAAUUACCAAAAUCAGGAAGUAGGGAUAUUAAAAGGUACUUCGAUUUACACAGUAUGUACUAUUUUAUGAAUAAUACAGGUAAACAAUCUACCUGUAUAUAGGUACUUUAUCAGAACAGUACAGGUAAAUAAUCUACCUGUAUAUAGGUACUUUAUCAGAACAGAUUAUGAUGGCAUCUCUAUUGUCUUCCAGUGUUUGCAUACUUCCUUUGUUCAUGAAAAGUGGGAGAAAAGAGAACAACCCGUAUAAGUUAUGAUAAACCAAAUAAACACUUUGACGUCGCCUCAUUAGAUUUCUCAUUCACGCCCAAUGACUACCUUCGACUGCAUAAAAACAAGUAUCGCUACAUUGGUGGCAUUGCUGUUUAGAUUGUGAUAUAACAAAAAUAAACCAAGAUAGUGGCCAAAACUCUGAAACCGUUCCAUAUCAAUAAUAUAAACCGAAAAUUACUUGACACAAACCUUUGUAUUUUAAAAUACAUUAUGUUAUUAUUUGUUUUAUAAGAUAAUAUGUACAUAAGUUUUAAAAAAUGUUCCGUUAUAUCUACAUUUUGUAUGAUAUCACCAAUCGCCUUAUUGUCUGACUACUGUCGAGUUUAACUGUUCCUUAAUCCAUACCGUUUUUAUUUGAAGUUUUUAUUUGCUCCUUAAUUGUUUACGCUGUGGAUCUUAUUUUGUCCUUUUUCCUGUUCUUUUGAUGGUCUAUUAAUUUACCU